AUGAGUUCUUCACCAGGGAAUAUAUAUUACUACCUCAAUGGUAAAAUUUCAACUUGUCGUCGGUGUAAACGUAAGAGAACUUUGGAUGAAGACCCUGAUCAUUUACAGUUCAAAACGUGCUACCGUUGUCGGAUGAUCGAAAGAGAUCAAAAGAAAUUCAACCAAGCAAAGAGAAAGUUAUCUGCUGAAGUUAAUGCUGGCCAGAGAGUCAAUCCAACACGAGAGGAAAUUGAAAAAUUAGCCGAACAUCUGAAGACCACCUCGAAGGCUUAUCAAGCGGCAAGCAAGCAAUUUACCCCAACGGCAACCUCAGUACCAACUAAAAUUUCGUUGCCACCAACAGAGAGCAAGCCAAACCAUACAAAUACUAUUCAGUUCAAAAAUAACACCGUCUCUAGUAAUGGCUUUACUAGUGACCCGCUGGCUUUCCAAAACCAAUCAUUGGAGGCCUUGUUAGAGAACCCAGAUUUACAAUUAGAUGAUGAAACCGUUGAUGUUGACCUGGCUUAUAAUGAUCAGCUGUUCUCAUUUAAUAUUUUGUCGAUUGAUCCGAAAUUGAAUCCCUUAACGUUAACUCCAGAGCAGCAAUCCUUACUCCAACUAUCCUUCUUAGCUAAAUACCAUCAUGACCAAUCGACUAAUUUCAAAAUCCAAAUUAGUGCUCUAUCCCCAACUCAGCCGAAUUUGUGCAUGUCUUGCAAAGCAACGCUUCCAAAACAGAGAUAUGCCAAACAAAUCUGUGAAGAAUGUGAAAAUAAACAAUCUAUACUAAAGGAUUUUAAUCAUUAUUUGACUAUUUUGAAACUCAACAAAACACAGGACUUGUAUAGAAUCAUAUUUCUAACUAAUGUGCCAUUGGAUGAGCUUCUAAAAUCGUCACUUUCUGAUAAUAGGUCCUCCCAAAAUAUUUUGAAAUUGAUAUAUGACAGAUACGUUGUACCGAUCAACGAAAUAACAGGUGCUGAAUUCCUAUUGCCAAAUAAUGAAUCAGACUCCGGGAAUACCGAUGAAUCUGUUUUAAAGAAGGUUCUCAAAUGUGCUACUGAUCAUUCUUCAAUGUCCUUUACUGAUUCAGCAAUUGAUCCUGAAGCCCUAAAUCUUUCUAAUAGUGAAAACAUCAACCAUACUGUCCAGCAAGAGUGUAAAUUCUCACAGCUAUGUUUGAACUAUGAUAUGAAUUCUGGCGAUUUGACUAUGAGUUACAGUCAUUCGAUGCACGGAUAA